AUGGAUAUGAACAUUGGUAUAGACAGUAAGCCACGGACUCGACGAGGACGUCGUCGCUUCGGUGAUCGGUUGAUCACAUUGGGCGGUGAUCGUAAUGAUGACAUCAACGAUCCCAUCGAUUCGAAUAUAACUCUGAAUGUACGUGUAAAGGAACGGGAAAACGGUGCUAGAAAAGGCUCGUCGGGAAGCAUAUUCAAAGAUACGCCUACCACUGUUAUUAAAAGCCUUUUCCACAAAGAUUCUAGCUACGACCUAAAAAACACCGUCAAGCGCCCUCUCACAGGGUUAUUUCGAAGGCCAAGUUCUCACGCAAAUUCUAAACUUGGAGUGUCUAAAAGUGAAAACAGAACGGGGACAAACAUUUCUGUAUCAGAAACUCCGAAUUAUGGAAAUGAACAUAUUAUUUCUCAGAGCUCGGAGACAUCCUGUUUCGAAGAGGUUUUACAUGACGUUGCUAACGCUCCAAGCGUAACCUUCAAUCAGAUAUCAACAAUGUAUCAGCUCGGUGUUAUGACUGCGAAGAAUAUUUCAUUAGCUAAGUUGGAUGAUAUAGAUUUGUCACUUCUGUCACGAUUUUUGUGUAUAGAAGAAGAAGUGAAUGAUGAGAAAAUAUCGUGGACAUGGGACUACCUUUUUGCUAGUGUGAGUACAGAAAUGCGCGACGAAUGGGCGCAAGACGAGGGAUAUGAUGAUUAUGAUCAUGAAGAUGAAAAUCUAAUCAAAUAG